UCUUGUAUCUCGUGUUGUAGCAUGAAAUGGUAUAAACAGUAUGCGACAUUCAUAAAUCUUAAGUAAAUCAUUUGAUAAUAUAAAUGGAAGAAGUGUUUUUCCUGAUAUCAAGUAAAAUACGACGUAAAAAUGAGUGCACGAAUUAGUACAAAUACUGUAGAGUCAAGAAAAAUGAAUGAAGAAUCUUCAACAAAACGGGCUAUAUUAACAGUUAGUUUGGUAUUCGUUGCAUCACUAACUGCUUUGUCUUAUGUCUAUAUGAGUUUUCCAGAAUUAGCAGAGGAAGAAAAACAAUAUAUGAAAUUACCCUUUCAUAUAGAAGAUGCAAAAAAUCUUGGAAAAUUAUUAGGGAGAUAUAAGGAUCUCUAUUAUUUUGAAGUACUGGCAGGACUCUUUGUUACUUAUAUAUUUUUGCAAACAUUUGCAAUUCCUGGAUCUAUUUUCCUAUCUAUAUUAUCUGGAUUCUUAUUCCCAUUUCCUAUAGCACUUUUACUAGUAUGUACAUGCAGUGCAGUUGGUGCAACGCUUUGUUAUCUUCUGUCAUCGUUAUUAGGAAGAAAGUUAUUAUAUAAAUAUUUCCCAGAAAAAGCUAAUGAAUGGACAGUGAUGGUAGCUAAGCAUAAAGAUCAUCUUUUAAAUUAUAUGCUAUUUCUUCGAAUAACACCACUCCUACCUAAUUGGUUCAUAAAUUUAGCUAGCCCUGUAAUAGGAGUCCCUAUAGUACCUUUCACAGUGGGCACCUUUUUUGGUGUUGCACCACCAUCAUUUGUUGCAAUACAAGCAGGACAAACAUUACAUAAUUUAACGUCGUCUAGUGAUGCAUGGUCCUGGAAUAGUAUGAUUAUUUUAUGUAUUUUUGCAUUGCUUUCUUUAGUACCUGUGUUAUGCAAACAAAAACUCAAAGAAAAGUUUGAAUAAAUUGGUAGUGAUAAUUAUUUAUAUUGUGACAUUCCCCAGUGCUGCUUGCUGGAGAUGCAUUUUAUGUUCCUAUUUAGGAAUAUAUCAUGUUAAUAAAGUAAUUAUUAAGAAA